AGCGGCAGACGCGCACGGGGCCUAGUCGCCACAUCUUUUCAUGCGAAGAAGCUGCGCCGCUAACCGUCAGUAAUUCGCAUGUAUUUGCUCUGAAUAUGUGCUCAGAGUUUACGCUCAGUGGAACUAAACAGCGGAGACGUAUCAGCCGAUGUUAAACGGAGCCGUUUUUGGUUUCCCAAAGCCGCUCCGGCCCGGGCCUCAGUCCGCGGUCUAGAGUUUGACAGCGGGCCGCUUGAGACGGUAGGACGCCGGCGUGCAGCUGCGAGCCAGGCGCCGUGGCCCAGAGAGCAUCAUGGGAGACAGUCGAGACUCCCGCAGCCCAGACAGUUCGUCUGUGUCUUCCCCUCCAUCAGACCAGCACUCGUCCCCGCUGGUUCCCUCCGCCGCCGCUUCCAUGACCUCCCUCCCUCCCAUCACCUCCACCGGGGUCAACAGCCCCAUCAGCAGCAUCGGCUCCCCCUUUUCUGUCAUCAGUUCCUCGCUGGGCUCACCCUGCCUACCUGGAACACCGUCUGUGGGCUACGGCCCCAUUAGCAGCCCGCAGAUUAACUCAACAGUGUCGAUGUCGGGGCUCCAUGCAGUGAGCAGUUCUGAUGAUGUGAAACCUCCGUUGGGCUUGAAGCAGCUGUCGUCCCACAGCCCAGGGCCAAUGCUUUCCCAGAAACGCCUAUGCUCCAUCUGUGGAGACAGAUCCUCUGGUAAACACUAUGGUGUCUACAGCUGUGAGGGCUGUAAAGGCUUCUUCAAGCGAACAGUACGCAAAGACCUGACUUACACCUGUCGGGACAAUAAAGACUGCAUGGUGGAUAAGAGACAGAGGAACCGCUGCCAGUACUGCCGCUACCAGAAGUGCCUGGCGAUGGGCAUGAAGAGAGAAGUGGCCAAGAUGAACGACAGAUCUGUCCAAGAGGAGCGUCAGAGGAACAAGGAGCGAGAGGGCGAGGUGGAGUCCACUAGUGCGGUGAACGAGGAAAUGCCAGUGGAGAAGAUAUUGGAGGCAGAGAUGGCCGUAGAGCAGAAGACUGAGCUCCAUGCUGACGGAAGUUCAGGCGGCAGCUCGCCCAACGACCCCGUCACCAACAUCUGUCAGGCAGCAGACAAGCAGCUCUUCACUCUGGUGGAGUGGGCCAAGAGGAUCCCUCACUUCUCUGAGCUGCCCCUGGACGACCAGGUCAUCCUGCUCCGUGCAGGUUGGAACGAGCUCCUGAUUGCAUCAUUCUCUCAUCGAUCCAUCUCCGUGAAGGAUGGGAUCCUGCUGGCCACCGGCCUGCACGUCCAUCGCAACAGUGCUCACAGUGCAGGAGUUGGAGCCAUCUUUGACAGGGCACACAAUGCCGAGGUUGGGGCCAUAUUGGACAGGGUUUUGACAGAACUAGUGAGCAAAAUGAGAGACAUGCAAAUGGACAAGUCAGAGCUGGGCUGCCUUCGAGCCAUCAUCCUUUUCAACCCAGAUGCCAAGGGUUUGUCCAACCCCAGUGAGGUGGAGCUCCUGAGGGAGAGGGUGUACGCAUCUCUUGAAGCUUACUGCAAACAUAAAUACCCCGAUCAGCAGGGCAGGUUUGCCAAACUCCUCCUCCGUCUCCCGGCGCUGCGCUCCAUUGGUCUAAAAUGCCUGGAGCACCUGUUCUUCUUCAAGCUGAUCGGCGACACGCCCAUCGACACCUUCCUGAUGGAGAUGCUGGAGGCGCCUCACCAGCUCACCUAGAGGAGGCAGGGUGGGUCCGGUCAGGACCUGAUGCGUAGCAGGAACCCCGGCACGUCGGCCUGUGGCCGGGUGUUGGCUCUUAUCGUUGGGCCUCACUUAAAGGCACCUCCUGCUGGUUUUGAUGUACCAGCUCUCACACUUGUAUACACACACACACACACACACACACUACUGUCACCGGCUGAUUUUUCUCUCACGUGCAGGUUGAGACCUGCAAACACAAAGCGACAUGCAAUAUGAACAAUACACGAUAAAAGUCUCAGAUGAAAAAUGUUGCUGUAAACACGUACACACACUUUUCCCAUGCUCAGUUUUCCACCAGAGGGUUUAUGACUCCAGGAACACACCCCCUCCAUCACACAUACAGUAAAUGUCUUAAUUUCAAGUGAUCCUUCAUUUCCACAUCUUCAUCUCAGUGUUUGUGUUUCUGGUGACAGGUGUUCGCUCCCUGAUUUAACCGGGUUGCUUAGUUGCACUGCUCGGUGCACCUCUGUGUGUUCUAUCGAUCAUUGUCUGGUUUAGAUGGAAAAUAAUCACGUGCAUAGCAUUUAAAUCGCCUUCCCUUCUAAUUGAUGUUGAUCUUGUUGAAGUGUCCUAAUGAAGGACACGCUGACACGUCCCAUCCCACUUAGUUCAACCAUUGUAAACAUUGAACUAUGUUUUGCUUUUUUGAAUAUUCAUGCUGAAACUUGAUGGAGUUUCUAUUUUGAAGUACUGUACUCAUGAAAUGAGAGCUUUUUCCAAGGCAUUGAAAUCCAGGAAAAGGGGGCUGGGAGCACUUAGUUGAAGCAGCUCGGUCCCUCCCACCCUGAUGCGCACAGUGGGCUUUGUAAGACAAGAAGAAUGACUUGAAUUAUUAUUUUUUAGCUUUGAUUUUGUCCUUUACUUGGGCAGUUGGUGUUUUAAACAGCUCGAGGCUCACAGGAAGAACAGCCUCAUGCAAGACAACAGAGUAUUUGUUUCUGUCCUCUCUCCUGUCCCCUCCUCAAUCCUUUGCUGGUGGUCAUUUAUGCACUUUCAUGAGUUGUAACUGUGUCCUUGUUUCCUAGAAAUGACCAUCUGUUCUCACACCUGAAAUGACCUUCAAGGUACUAUGUGUAGGGUUUAUUGUUACUGCAGAUGUGAUGUACGUGACAUCUGCUGGCCUGUCCCGACCCCUUCCCAAUCGUCCUUGUUCCUGAUUAGCUCCUCGUAUUAUAAACCCUGCUCUGAGCAGGUGUGUGUGCUUGGUGAGCCUGUGACCUAACACUGACGUUUGAGCUCCUGCCCAGCGGCCUUUGAAGUGUCCUUCUACAAAAUGCUGAACCGUUUGAGAGGCAUCGCUUUGUAUUGAAGAUGCUGCACUCUGUCCUCUGUGUACAAUUGGAUGCAAAGAGCUGAGCCUUUGCUCAGAUGGAAGUAUGACGAGUAGUUUUUACUGAUGUGACCGUGCCAAUAUUGCGUCAUUUAGUUUCACCUGCAGUAGUUGUACAGUCCACUGCUCACAUGUAACUAACGCACCAGUGUUACAUCUGUGUUGAUGAGUGUCCUGCAAUAACCUGAUGACAGAAAUCCUACACCUACUACCUGCAGCUGUGAGACUUUAUUGUGACUUUUGUAUAGUAGAUGUAAAUAAUAGAAAACAGCCAGGACUCAUGCAGAAACAAACGUCUGUUCACGUUGGUGUGACUGAAUGUGCGGCUCCAACACACACAAACACACACGUAGAAGCUCUUCAUUUCUGCUGUUGAGUUAACGUUGAUCUUCCUCCUCCUGAAGACGUUACUGAGCCCAGGGCAAACUCCAUCUUCCUGCUGCUUUUGCACCACCCGCCAACGUUUUCUGUUGCUCUUGAACCGAUUGGCUGCAUUUCAUUGACGCCGGCACUUGACAUUUACUGUGAUUUGAAUUCGUAGGCCACUGAAUGUGAGCAUUGCAGUGGGAGGAAAAUGCAGCCUCUAUCAGGAAACCUGGUGAAUCCAACUUUCUAGACUCGAGGGGAGCAAUUUGAAGAUGUAUUACAUGUUCUUAAGGUAUUUAAGAGUGUUUAGUCUUUGUAUUGAUUAGAAACUACACAUGGACAUUUUGCAGUUUCAUUCUACAGGGAAGAGGUGCAGCUGUCCUCUACCAGGUGCUAAACAACUCAGAGGCUUUCAGUUGAAGACUUCAGUGCAAACACAUAUGCAAGUACAGACAAAUCCAUUGUUCCCUCACUGAGUAGAUCAGCGUAGAUGUCAGGCUCCCUCAGAUCGUCCUUGCUUAUGUUUUACGUUGCUCCCAACUAUGGAAAAUGUUCACCAGCUAAGUGUUUGCGCGUUUUGGCUGUUGGUGGCGUGUUUUGUGUAGAGAGCGGUCGGGCCGGUCGCUGCUGAUGAGCUUCCUGCAGACAGUCCAAAUACUUCUUCUCAGAGAGGAUCCGUGGCUUCCGCAUGUGAUGUGGACUUAGACGACCUGUGAGACAGGUGGAUGUGUUCUAACGUUUAACGCCUGUUGUGUUGGUCUGACCUUAGAGUUUGGUGUGUUUCCUGUUUUUCUUGCUCCGUGCAUACGUUCGACCAGCUCCACUCAGUCUGUCUGCUCCUCUGCUGCAGCCUGGUGCAGAGCGGCCAGCAGACGCUGCCAUAUGUUCAGUGCUUGACUGGUUGAGAGGUUUGAGUGGAGCCAGGCUUAGAGGCUGGCUUAGUUAGACCCCAGUAACCCAAAGGUGGUUUGGUUUUAAAAUGAAGUUAAUGAGCGCAUCGUAAAAUGAUCCGUCACUCAGUUCAGGACGUGUGCUUUUGUAAAUAAUCUCACCUUGUGUUAAUGUUUCCUUUCUGUGCAGGAUUUUCAUUUUGAAGUUUCCUCUUGAGCUUCGCUGCCUCGUGUUUGACGCUGGGGGUGGGAGUGAUGGUCGCGGUCAGUCUGAUUGACAUUAAAUCACCCGUCGCUCGCGUCUGACCGAACAAAAGCCAAUCUCCAUUGAAAAUUCAGUGCAAAAUCUAAAUAUGCAACUUGUGUAUUUGUUGUGUGGUGUCAGGAAAUAUGUUUGUUUAAAUGUUAGCGUAGUCUGUUACAGGAGAAGUCUGUCCCAUCAUAGCAACGUCUCUUUUGGUUUAUUUAUGAGUUUAGGUCAAUGAUACAGUGAAGAAGCUACACAGUGGGUGCAGGUGUGUGAGCGAAGCCACUUUACGCUUUGCUGGUUGGAGGCAUUUCUUGGCUUUCGUGUAUUUGUGACUGCAGAUGCUGUUGGCCGUGAUGUGAUGAGCGCUGCUGAUUUUAGUUUUAAGAUGAUGACAGGAUGCACAGAGGAGACGGGCGAUGCUUUAUCACCCCAGCCUCCAGUUCUGCUUUACUUUAAACAGACACGUGGGCUGAAAACCAGUAGCUUUGCGUUGGAGUUGACUUGAGAUCAAACUGUGGAUGUGAAGCUUUUUACAGAAGCGUUGGAGGUCUGAAAGGACGGGGUCCGGGACCGCGUCUCCCUCUUUGCAGACGUCGCUGUGAGUUCUUGGAUGAAGACGUGCUGCGACCUUUGACUGUGUAGCAGCGGUGUUGUCGCUGCAUGUUUCAUUUUGAAAUGACUGUACUUUUGAAAACAGACUUGGGUGUUUGAAGUGGAUCCCAGGCUGAGUGAGAAUAGAUUUAGACAAAUGUGGAGUCGAGCCUUGAAACCACCACGUCCUCCGGUUUAUUUAUCACUGCCAGGCUGUUUGUUGCCGUGUUAAGCGCAGGCUGUUCAGUCCCCUGGGCCUGUUUGUCAUGUAUGUUGUGUGCACUGCCCUGGCCUGUGUAGAGCAAACUGAAGCAGGGCCUGAUGGGAAUGGAGUGGAGAGGAGGCAGCUGGUCCCUGCAGAGCCCUGGACCUGUGUCGGCCUCCGCCGCUGCUCAGGCUGCGUAUUGGUGCUUUUUCUUGGGCCCCAGCCUGAAGCUUGGGGUUAGCUUAGCUUAGCCUAGCCUAGCCUAGCUUAGCCCCUGCUCCUCUGCAGAUAGAUUGGGAUGAAUGUCUUAACCACCAGCUCCACUCCAACAAUCUCAUACAUUUACUGUGCUGAACUGAUGCUGACGGCAGUAAACACAAAUCAUUGAGGAUGUGGAGAAACUGUGGCUGUGACUGCAAAGUCGCGUAAAAGCAGCUGGUCUGGUUUACAGACGGCACCGUGGAGCCCAAUCUGGUUUCACCGAAGGCCUCAGAAGGGUCAGGUCAACUGACUGGAGGAGUUUUAGGUCAGAGAGUGAAACAGAGCAGGGACUUGAAGAACUCGGUUCCCGUGUUUGCUGUCGAUUGUGAAGACAAACAUAUUUUCCAGUAGAUCUAGAAUCUUCCUGACUUGUUUACUCUUUAUAUUAAAUUCUUCAUCUCUUCCCCCUUCAUCUCCUUCUGUUCUGUCCAACUUUUGUUUAUUACAAAGUAUUAAACAAAUGCAAGAGCUGUAAAAUCAGAGUCUGUCACUCUUAAUUUUUCUCUUUCUCGUGUCUCGUCCUGUUUGUAUCCUACUCCAUCAUACACGUGGAGCUAAAUAUGACUAUUGUGUGCUUUGAGGACUGAAAGAAGAAAAAAUGAGUAAUUCUUUCAGUCAUUAAUUCUGAAUCUUGUUUCUGUUUGUUGUAUCAAGUCUGAGUAAAGGUUUUAAUACUGUA